AUGGUACUUGUAGGGCAAUCAUUGCAGCCAGCCAAUAAAACGCCACACGAACAUGAUCAUGUAUCGAGAGCUAAGCACCACAUUAACCACAAGUCACGGUAUCGAGAUGGGCGCUCCGACUUGCGAUACUGCCGGAGCCACCCUCUUAGUCGGCCGACUUAA